ACAUCGAUUUUUACGACUCAACGAUUGAUGUCGCAGAGCUCUACGAUGAACAGUUAUUUUUGUGAGCUCAAAUAAGUCAUUGGACGCCAGAUCGGAAUACUUUUCCUUUUCCCAUAAGCAGGUGCAACAAUGUCCUUUCGAAAGCGCAACGUCGUAAUUGGAACCGCGAACAACACCAGUGCCUUGCCAGCAGCCCGCGAAGGGAAAUCGUUGGCAGUCGGUGUAAGACCAUCUCCUCUUGAUGGGAGGCUCACUACAUCGACCGGAACCUCCUCCCUCGAUCAGCUCCUUGCCGGUCAUGGCGGCUUGCCUCUGGGUACCUCACUCCUAGUUCAAGAGGCUGGCACGACGGAUUUUGGUGGCACUUUGCUCCGAUAUUACGCAGCAGAGGGUCUAGUGCAAGGACACCAGGUCCAUGUUCUCGGCUAUGGAGACACUUGGAGAAAAGAGUUACCCGGACUUGAAACCGGAAAGGGGAAGUCGAAGUCGUCCGUCCAGAAGGGUUCGACAGCGACGGAUGAUAAGAUGAAAAUCGCUUGGAGAUAUGAGACCUUGGGGAACUCGAGUAAGAGACCCGGCCCAGCGAAGGAGUCAUCGCCAUCAUCACUGCCAAAUCUUGGGGAGCACCCCUUCUGUCAUUCCUUCGACCUCACAAGACGUCUCGAAAGUACAGAAAUCAAAGGGCAGGUACAUACUACUUUGGUAAAUGACUCCUUCGGCAAGGCAACAGCCUCCCCGUUGCGAAAGUUCCUCGCCGAGCUCUCCUCCAAGGUCCAGUCGAUGGGGCCAAACACGGUUCAUCGUGUCGUGUGCCCUGGCCUCUUGUCACCGACACUUUACACACCGUCGGCUCGUCGACCACGGGAGGUCUUGCAGUUCAUUCAUGGUCUACGGGCUCUCCUACGCAGAUACCCGACCCAGCUCACGGCAAUCGUGACAAUGCCUAUCACGCUGUUCGCACGCUCCGCGGGCCUCACGCGAUGGUUAGAAGUACUCUUCGAUGGCGUAUUCGAACUGGUCCCUCUUCAGCACCAAAGUCAGAUGGCUCUAGAGCCUGGGAAAGAGGACAAGUCACAGGGCCUCUUGCGUGUGCAUAGCUUGCCAAUCUUUCAUGAGAAAGGUGGAGGGCUCGAGGGCUCUUGGGUCAGGGAGGACCUAUCCUUCAAGCUCAGCGCAUCGAGUGGACUGGUGAUUACACCAUACAGUCUUCCUCCUGUGGGUGAGGAAGAUGAAGCCUCGGGUGCUGCGAACACUCCGGACGACAAGAAAGAAAAGCUUGAAUUUUGAAGACUGUCGAAAGACUGGCAACCGCUGCACGUUGAAAUUUACAGGGUAGGCAAGUUGACCACAUCCGUCAGCACCGGAGCCUUGACCGAAACGAUUUGUCCGCCGCCGGCUCCGCCAAACAUCUGACGAAUCACGGGG